AAAAACUAUUCCUCCCCUUCCCGCCGCAACCUCCCGCUCCUCUCCCCGCCUCUCCGAUCCUAUCGCACACCGUUAACACCUUACAAGAUGGAACGACUCUCGAUCAACGAUAACCCCGCCCCACAAGGGAAUGCGCAGCAACAGUUCCCUGCGCAGAAUGUGCUGGGCCCCUCUGCGCCGAUGGUAGUGCAGGGUCCCCCGCAAUUACCGCCCCAAAUGUUCACCACCGCGGCUCAGUUGCUGGAUUUGACAGAUAAGAAACUCGUUCUGGUUCUUCGGGAUGGGAGGAAAUUGGUCGGCGUGUUAAGAAGUUGGGAUCAAUUCGCCAACCUUGUUCUUCAGGAUACCAUCGAAAAAGUCUACGUUGGAAAUCUUUAUGCCGACAUCCCUCGGGGUAUCUUCAUUGUUCGCGGUGAAAACGUUUUGCUUCUCGGAGAAAUUGAUCUGGACAGGGAAGAUGAUGUCCCCACGACUGUCCAAAAAGCUUCGCCCCAAGAAGUCUUUGAAUUGAAGAAGAAAGAAGAGGACGCCCGGAAAGCCAAUGAUAAGAAACGCAACAACAAGUUGCAGGGACUUGGAUUCGAGGCCGAACACAGCGGAGAGAUCCUAUUCUAACCAUUGACU